AUGAUAUUGGGUUCUAAAAGCCCAAAGCUUCAGUCCAGAGUGCUGGCCCCAGGAUCCCUCCUCAUGGACCAGCCACUCUUCUCUCUGGGAAAGGUGUGUGGCACUCCAGAGUACAUUGCCCCGGAGGUGAUCCUUAGACAGGGUUAUGGGAAGCCUGUCGACUGGUGGGCCAUGGGCAUUAUCCUUUAUGAGUUCUUGGUGGGUUGCGUUCCCUUUUUCGGUGACACCCCGGAGGAGCUGUUUGGGCAGGUGAUCACAGAUGAUAUUGUUUGGCCCAAUGGAGAUGAUGCGCUGCCUGCAGAUGCUCAGUCUCUCAUCUCUGCCCUUUUACAAACUAAUCCACUCGUGCGACUAGGGACAGGUGGCGCCAUUGAAGUGAAGGAGGAUUCGUUCUUCACUGGUUUGGAUUGGAACAGUUUACUGAGACAGAAAGCUGAAUUUAUCCCUCAUCUUGAAUCAGAGGAGGACACCAGCUACUUCGACACACGCUCCGACCGCUAUCAUCAUAUCAACACAUAUGAUGAGGAUGACACCAACGACGAUGAGCCUGUGGAGAUCAGACAGUUCUCGUCCUGCAGUCCGCGAUUCAGCAAGGUUUACAGCAGUAUGGAGCAUCUCGCUCAGUUGGAGCAAAAAGCCAGCAGCUCUGUCUCCCGUCGAGAGCACAGGAGCCCACGCGAUGUGACGAAGAGAGAGAGUCUGGGCAGCUUCAGCAUGAGGGACAAAGGCUGGAGGACCGGAUCACCUGAGAUGAAGCGUUUGUCCUACUCAGAGUCGGUCUACAUGGAGGGCGAUGCCAGUCCUCCGCUUGCUGCUCGCCGACGCUUCUCAGCUCUGAUGGACACGCACCGCUUUGCCUCUCCUCUGGAGGCAGAGUCAGAAUCACUGACUCGCCCCAACCCCAUCAGGGUCCGUGGGACUUCUCUGGACGGAUCCUGUGUCCCGUCACCAAGCAUCUUGGAGCAGAGAAACAAUAUUAAGGAGAUCAAUGGUGCAGACAAGACCUGUAAACAAAGAGAACUUCCAGCAACAACCUCAAGUAUCAACACUCUGUCCCCUGAUCGAGACGUGAUCACCCCUCUGUUUGAUCCUGUCGGCCCGAGAGGCACUAAUGACCUUGUGCUGCGUAGAGCACGUCAGAAACCGUUACCCACAGAUGAAAAACGCCAUUCAAAAACUGGGAAUAAAGUCAUUAAGUCAGCUUCUGCAACAGCUCUCUCUGUUAUUAUACCAUCAGUGGAUCAACAUGGAGCCUUCUCUCCUUUGGCGAGUCCUAUGUCCCCACACUCGUUCUCCUCUAAUCCUUCGUCCCGGGACUCGUCUCCCAGCAGAGAUUUCUUCCCAGCUGUAAGUGUGCUGCGCUCCCCCAUCACUAUCCACCGCUCGGGCAAGAAAUAUGGCUUCACCCUCCGGGCGAUCAGAGUCUACAUAGGAGACAGUGACAUCUACAGUGUCCACCACAUUGUUUGGCACAUAGAGGAUGGUGGCCCUGCUCAGGAAGCUGGUCUGUGUGCUGGUGACCUCAUCACUCACGUGAACGGAGAACCUGUCCACGGUCUGGUCCACACUGAAGUGGUUGAACUUAUUCUCAAGAGUGGAAACAAAGUGACUGUGACAACUACACCUUUUGAAAACACCUCUAUAAAAGUGGGACCUGCCCGUAAAGCUAGUUAUAAGUGUAAAAUGGCCAGACGAAAUAAAAAGACCUUGGGAAAGGAUAGCCAGGACAGUAAAAAACGCAACUCUUUGUUUCGUAAGAUCACAAAACAGUCCAAUCUCCUGCACACAAGCCGCAGUCUGUCGUCUUUGAACCGCUCCUUGUCCUCAAGUGAAAGUCUUCCUGGCUCUCCGACACACAGCUUGUCAGCACGUUCCCCCACUCAGGGAUACCGUUCCACCACUGAGCCUUCCCAUCUGGGUGCAUCAUCCCAAAGCAGUUCUUCAUCUUCAAGCACUCCUAACUCCCCAGCUCCCUCACAGCACAUGAGGCCGAGCUCUCUGCAUGGCCUGUCGCCGAAGCUGCACCGGCAGUAUCGAUCUGCUCGCUGCAAAUCGGCUGGGAACAUUCCCCUGUCUCCUCUGGCUCACACUCCGUCACCUACUCAGUCCUCUCCUCCGCCUCUGCCUGGCCACACUGUCGGCAGCUCCAACACUACGCAGUCUUUUCCUGUCAAACUUCACUCCUCUCCACCUGUGGUCCGCCCCAGGCCCAAGAGCGCAGAGCCCCCUCGAUCCCCUCUCCUCAAACGGGUGCAGUCGGCGGAGAAACUGGGCUCACCACUUACCCCUUCCAGUUCGACAGGGGGUCUAGGAGGUCCAUUGAGAAAGCACAGUCUCGAGGUGCAACACUCUGAAUACCGUAAGGAUGCCUUUCUCUGUGAGCUUGGUCUGCAGAGUUUACUUGAGACGGACGGAGAAAAUCUACCACCAAAUGCUCCUACUAUGCCUUCGUCUUCAUCUUCGUCAUCGCUGCCUGAGACUGGCGUGCUAAAGCCUGUGAGAAGACUGGGCAGGCAAGAAUCCCCUCUGAGCAGAGAGACACUCCUAGCCGAGUGCGAGAGAGGACGAGAGAGGGAGACCGAGCCCGUUUUGGAAAGAGCGAGCAGACUUGGAGCAGCUCAAAGAAGAUCCCAACAUGAUCUGUUUUUAUUGGAACAGAACGCUAGAGGACAUGUCGAUUCUUCUAAAUCCUCCUGCACCCCAUCCAAACCUAUUGAGAGCGUAAAUGGACAGAAAGGAAGUGUUAAAGCUCUCCAGAAUCAGACAGAUUUUAUUUCUAAACUUGAACAGAAAAUAGUGUCUUAUAAUACUGACCCCAAGGAGCAAGUCAAGCAAGAUGUUACCAACAAAAGCCACUCGAGUACUUCCAUCAACAAGGGGUCGGCUUCUUCUGUGGACAAAAACAUGCUAGGAAUGAAUAAAACUUUUAAAUCAUCCGGCAUGGGUGAGAGUUUGCGAAAAGACAGUAAUGAUAUUGGUUCUAAAAGCCCAAAGCUUCAGUCCAGAGUGCUGGCCCCAGUGAUCCCUCCUCAUGGACAGCCACUCUCUCUGGGAAAGGUCCGUCAGGGUCUAGGGCCUGUCAACUGCUACAGGGGAACCCUUGACUGGGAGGACAAGUGUCGCCUGGAGGUGGUGGAGGAGCACUCGCCUUCACCCUCGCCCUCUCCCACUGCUGUCACCCCCUCCCUCUGUGGACCCUCCCUUUGUAAAUCACGACCGGUUUCUCCCGGUGACAAGACAAGCUUCGUGAGCCAGCUGACCACUGUAGCCAAACAAGUCCUUGCACCCAUCAAACUGGGGUCUCAAGAAGGGGCUAAGAGUAAAGUAGCGGAGGAGAAGCUGGGGGGCACCGGGGGCAAAUGUGAUGCUUCUUCAGGGGGGCGAGUCGGGACAGCUGCAGUGACCCAAAGUCCUGCCAGUUCACCUCUGGAUAAAGCUGCCACAGUGCACUUCCUCCUGAAUUUGUCCAAUCCACUGAAUUGUUUUAGAAUGAAGAGUGCUGCUCAGUAUGUGGGGGGUGUGAUGCAGGAUGAGCCUCUGGACAUCCACAGGCAUCAGGGCAGUCAUGGACCCAGGCCUGACCCCACACGCGAUGCAGCUGAAGAACCCGAUGAAGUGGAUAAACUCAAGGCUAAAUUUGUUUCAGUUUGGAACAAUGUAAAAUAUGGCUGGACAAUAAAGACUAAAACAUCAUUCAAUAAAACCUCUCCAAUCCACAUCCUGGGGCAGUCGUUUCUCCUCAACAGUGAGGAUGAAGUAGAGCGAUUUCGUUUGGCUUUUGUAUCUCGAAUUUGGAUGACCUACAGAAAGGAGUUUCCGCAACUAGAGGGCACGUCUUGGACAUCAGACUGUGGCUGGGGCUGCAUGCUGCGUAGUGGACAGAUGAUGCUGGCACAGGGGCUUUUGAUCCAUUUGAUGCCCAGAGAUUGGACUUGGCCUGAUGCUCAUCCACUAACUGAUGUGGAUUUUGAAGUUUUCCGUCCUCAGUCUCCAGUCCGAGCUGCUGGUAUUCCCAUUCCCUCAUUUGCUGCUUCUCGAAUGCAAAACACCCCUGAGAAAAGAAGUGAAAAUAUGGCCAAAAUGAGCCAGAAGAACAGACCCGAGUACACCAGGGAUAAGCAAGUAGAGCCCAUCCACCACAAGCUGCUGGCAUGGUUUGAGGACCAACCAUGCGCAGCUUUUGGAGUGCAUGAAUUGGUGGAAGUUGGCAAGAGUUCAGGGAAAAAAGCAGGUGACUGGUAUGGUCCCUCUAUUGUGGCACACAUACUUCGGAAAGCUGUUUCAAAAACCUCAGUGGUCCAUAACUUGGCUGUUUAUGUGGCUCAGGAUUGUACUGUGUACAAAGGAGAUGUGAUCCACCAAUGUGAUCUGUCACAAAGUCAACCUCAGUCUAACCACUCAUGGACGUCGGUAAUCAUACUCGUACCUGUUCGCUUGGGGAGUGAGGCUCUAAAUCCUUCCUACAUUGAAUGUGUAAAGAAUAUUCUACAACUUGAGUGUUGUAUUGGUAUCAUUGGAGGCAAGCCCAAACACUCACUCUACUUCAUUGGCUUUCAAGAUGAACAUUUACUUUAUCUGGAUCCUCAUUAUUGUCAACCUGUGGUAGAUUUCACUGAUGUUAACUUUUCUCCAGAGUCAUUCCACUGUAGUUCACCCAAAAAGAUGCCAUUUAAUCGUAUGGAUCCGAGCUGCACCAUCGGCUUCUAUGCCAAAACCAAAAAGGACUUCGAAUCACUCUGUUCUGCUGUUAAUGUGGCUCUCACAUCAUCAAAAGAGAACUAUUCCAUCUUCACAUUUGUGGAAGGGCGUAGUCAGGACUAUGGACUGGAGGACCACAGCAGCAAUCACAGUAUUCCUAUAGCCCACAUUUUUCCUCAUCAUACUGUUGAAAACAAUAGAAGAAACAGUGAUGAGUUUGUCUUCCUGUAA